CCCAAAGUGCUGGGAUUACAGGCAUGAGCCACCGCGCCCGGCCUGGAGUUUUCCACUGAGCAGAGGAAGACGGUCUCUGCUGGGCAAAUGUUAAAGGGACAAAAGGAAAAACUAAGACUUGAUGGCACUCUGUGGGUGGGGCGAGCAGCAUGUCUGUGACUUCAACACGUUGCAUCUAAAAGGAUUUCACAUCAGAGAGAGGAGGAGCUGAAUCAGAGGAAAGCAUGCUUUUUUUUUUUUUUUUUUUUUGAGAAGGAGUUCCCCUUGCAUAGGCUGGAGUUCAGUGGUGCAGUCUCGGUUCACUGCAGCCUCCACCUUCUGGGCUCAGGUGACCAUCCCACCAAGCCUCCUGAGUAGCUGGGACCUCAGGCUCCCGCCACCAGGCCCAACUAAUUUUAAACUUUUUGUAAAGACAGGCUGUGUUGCCUGGGCUGGUCUCCAACUCCUGAGCUCAAGCAUUCCGACCACCCCCACCUUCCAGAGUCCUCCGGCAGGCUCACACUUAGGCAGCGUGGUCAGUUCGUGAGGCCAUGACUUGAAUCCAGCAUGGAAUGGGUGACAGAGUGGACCGUCCCUGUGCACAGACGAGCUGUGUCCUCCAGGGCCUCUGUCUCCCUGCUGCUCACAGCCCUUGUCCCAGGACCCCUGGCCUAGGCCCAUCAAGAGGAGCCCCACAGGCCUGGCUGGGCCUCAGCCCCUCUCGGGGACUGGGCUGGGGUCUGCAGGGCUCAGCUGAGCCCAGGAGCUACCAGAGCUAACCCCUGACCUCCCAGGCGGGCAAAGGGCUGAUGUCGGUAGCCCCCAUCCUGGAGGGGCAGGCUCUGCGCAUCUGCUCCCGGCAUGGCGCUGCGGCACCUCGCCCUCCUGGCUGGCCUUCUGGUGGGAGUCGCCAGCAAGUCCGUGGAGAACAUGGCCCAGCUGCCCGAGUGCUGUGUGGAUGUGGUGGGCGUCAACGCCAGCUGCCCAGGCGCAAGCCUGUGUGGCCCAGGCUGUUACAGGCGCUGGAACGCGGAUGGGAGCGCCAGCUGUGUCCGCUGUGGGAACGGAACCCUCCCAGCCCACAAUGGCUCCGAGUGUAGAAGCUUCGCUGGCCGGGGUGCGCCAUUCCCCAUGAACAGAAGCUCAGGGACCCCCGGGCGGCCACAUCCCGGGGCUCCGCGCGUGGCUGCCUCCCUCUUCCUGGGCACCUUCUUCAUCAGCUCCGGCCUCAUCCUCUCCGUAGCUGGGUUCUUCUACCUCAAGCGCUCCAGUAAACUCCCCAGGGUCUUCUACAGAAGAAACAAAGCCCCGGCCCUGCAGCCUGGCGAAGCCGCUGCAAUGAUCCCCCCGCCACAGUCCUCAGUACGGAAGCCGCGCUACGUCAGGCGGGAGCGGCCCCUGGACGGGGCCACGGAACCCGCUGCCUUCUCGGCGGAGGCCCGUAUCAGCAAUGUCUGACCUGGAGGCCGAGACCACGCCACGCACUUGGCGGCAGGGACCUGGAGGCCGACCCCUUGGCGGGAGCCCAGCACAAAGGGUUGGCAUCGCCCAGUGCCCGGGACAGUCCUGGGCACAGCCCCGGCUCUGAGUCCCUCCGUCUCCCAGCGACAGAUGCCACGGGGUCCCAGGCCGCCUGAGGCUCCUUCCCACCAUAGCCAUCUCGUUUAUCGGACCAAGAGCAGGCAUCCGUGAGACCUCAGAGCUUCAGAUCGAGGCCUUGGGGGGUCUGGGCCCCCCAGGAAACACGGUGACGCCCCAGCGCCUGCAGCCAAGAUGGAGGCCUGGCUCAGGCAGCCAAAGCUGGCAUGAUCUAUGGGGCAGGUGCUGCUCUGCCUAGAAAAGCCAGGGGCUCUGCUGCCGUGCCCUCCGGAGCCCACGAUGGGCAGGACUCUUCCAGCACCACCGCACCCAGUGGCCCGAGACCCCUCUGAGAACAGUGAGGCUGGUCCUCGUGCCGUUCCAGCCGGUGCCCGGCCAGUGAGGAGGACGCAGCCUAGGAACCAGCUGCCUGAGACCAGGGUGCCUCUGGGCUGUCCCCCCACGCGGCGGAGACCCCGCGCCCGCAGCCGCCCAUUUCCGGAGCUGCAGGAUGGAGCUUCCUCUUGAUCUCUUUGUUUUUAAGCAGAAAUUCAUUGUGCAGAAAAGUCCUCCAGAGCUCUGCGGCCCGCUUGGAUCCACUGGACCCCCAUGCCUGGCUGAUCCCUGCCCACGCGGGGCAGGCCCACAUCUAACCCCCGCAAGUCACUGCCUAACUGGACCUGCCAAGGCUGCCCUGGCGCUGUCUGAGUCCUGGGGUCUCUCCCAGAGUUCCCGGGAGAAAGGCGCCGUUGUGGCCGCCUCCCGCACGCCAGGCUUGGGGCUCCACUGUGGGUCUCAGAUGCCCUGCGGUACCGGCACUGUCUGCUUUAGCAUUGGAUCCCCAUCUGAGGGGUGGCCUGGCCUUCGGGGUCCCCAUGCUCCUUUGCGAAGUCCACUGUGGGUGCCAUCAUGGUCUCCGGGACCUGGGCCAGCGGGAACGUGGGGGCACUGGGUGCUGAUAUAAAGUCAGCGUUACGCAAGCUGCG